AUGUCUGCUGAUAGGGUCAUCGCUGAUCCGGAUCGCAUUGAGAUUGAAGAGAGCCACAGCUACUCCUCAGUUUCAUCGUCGACGGGAUCUCCCGAGCCGCAAUCGCACCCUGCAUCAGAUGGUCAUCUUGAGAAUGCUUCCUCAAAUGACAUGGAGCGCGGCUUGGAAGAUGAUUUGGAGACACGUAGGCUGCUGAUAAGGCAUAUUAUAGAGUGCACGCGCUGGAAAGAGGGUGAUGAUUGCUGCGUUAUACCUGACGACUACUACCAGGGCUUUCUUGACGCAAAAGUGGACUCGUUCGCCGCGUUGAAAGCGGAGCUUGGUCCAUUGGACUUCCAUCGCGUGGUCAACAACUCGGGGUAUCUCUUGCCCGCGGACGAAGAGCUUGUCACAACUAGAGCAGUCCCGCGAGACGUGUUCAGCAAGUUUUCCGAGUGGUUUGGAGUUCUCGGCCAGCCCGUGUUUCGGUCCAUGAUUGCCGAUGCCAAGACUGGCGAGAUCAAAGUGGAGAGAUGGCCCAUGACUUUGAUUGUUCGUACUGUGGGCAAACGAACACCACUGGUACCGCCGUCAAAUCAUCAUCAUCAUCAUCAACAGCAGCAGACUUUGUUCAGAAGCGGCGUUGCGAGAUACAACAGCAACAGCAACAACCACCAUAAUGAGCUAGAUGGCGAUCUCCCUGUUCCAGUGGCGUUUUCCAGGACAAAGUCCUUUUCGCAGUUGAUAAGCUUGAUUCUGCUGCACGUGUUGAAAUCGCCCAAGAGCCCCCUCGAGGACUUUCGGUUGUGGUUCAUCUCCCACUCCAAGGAGAACGAGUUGCCCUUCCAUCUUGGCGUUCAGAAGUUUGUGUUUGACAUUGAGACUAAAACCGUGGUGACGCCAAAGAUAUACGACAACAGCUUGCUUUCGGAAGGUGUCACUCAACCUGUUUACCACGUAGUGAUGGAAAAGAAGGAAAGAGCCAGCUCGAAUUUCCCCGUUGACGUUUUCGUCAAGGCUCAUGCCGAUUAUGCAAGCGACAAAACUCGGCGAGAGAACGGAAAAGGAGGAGGAGACGGAGGAGGCCGCAUGGGCUUGUCGAAUCUUGGAAACACUUGCUACAUGAACUCUGCACUACAGUGUCUUUUGCAUGUACCGGAGAUCAAUGACUAUUUUUUUUACGACAUCUACCAAAAAGAACUCAAUCUUGAUAACCCGCUUGGUUACAACGGCGACGUUGCAAAUUCGUUUGGUUCGCUCUUGAAAUCUGCAUUCAACCCCGCUAAGCACUCGUCAAGUAUCCUGCCCCGUGAUUUCAAAACCACCAUUGGAAGAUAUAGCUCCAUGUUUUCCGGGUACCUACAGCAGGACUCGCAAGAGCUACUAAGCUGGCUCCUCGACGCCCUUCAUGAAGACCUCAACCGCAUACACACCAAGCCCUAUUGCGAGAAACCCGAGUUGAAAGAUGACGAGAUUAACGAUCAAGGCGCAGUGGUCAGGUUGGCCCAAAUGUGCUGGAACCAACAUAAACAGAGAAACGACUCCGUCAUCAUAGACCUCUUUACGGGAUUGUACCAAUCGACUUUGGUGUGUCCUGACUGUAACAAAACGUCGAUUACGUUUGACCCCUUCAACGACCUCACUUUGCCGUUACCCAUGAACAAAAAAUGGUACCACACAUUCACCAUUGUUGAUUUAUCACCCGAGCCAGUUAUACCAACAAGGGUAAUGAAGCUCGAAGUGGAAUUGAAAAAGACAUCAAACUACGAUGAACUAGUGGCGUAUUUCUCCAACUUUUUAAAAGUGCCCUCAAGGGACUUGUUCCUUUAUGAGAUUUUCCAACACGGCGUUUGCGCCGAUUUCCAGUUUGAAUACAACAAAAACAAAUUUAUGCCCAUUGGUGACGUUAUCGGCCGCUCCGACGAUGUGUUUGUGUACAUCAUUCCCCACGAUCCGGACACAGAUUUAAUAAUACCAGUGUUUAACGUGGUGGAGGACGACGACAGGCUGUACCAGAUGGUUAAUUAUUUUGGAUUCCCGUUGUUUAUUGUCAUCAACAAAGAUAACCUCAAUAGUUUUGGCACAAUUAGACGCAAGCUAUUAGAAGCAACAUCGGUCUUGACAAGCCUUGACCUAGUUGAAGAGUACGAGAAAUGCAAGCAAUUACUCGAUAAUUUUGUGGCAAAGAAGUUUUAUGAAAAGUCAGACUUUACGAUACCGGGAGCGGGAAACAAACCACUCGAAGAAAAGGAACAAGACGAGGAGGAGAAGGAGGAGGAAAAGAAGGAGGAGGAAAAGAAGGAGGAGGAAAAGAAGGAGGAGGAGAAGGAGAAGGAGAAGGAGGAGAAGGAGGAGGAGGAAGUGAAGGAGGAGGAGGAGGAGAAGGAUGAGGAAGUGAAGGUGAAGGCCAAGGACCGGGAGAAGGUAAAAGAGGAGGACAUCACUGAAUACGAUAGCGAUGUCUCGUUGGCAGAUCCGUACCUAAACGCUGAUUUUGGCUUCAAAAUAAUGUACGUUCUAAACCACAACCCUGCUCACUAUGUGGACCAUCGCGCGUUGCAUGGGAGAGCCAUCAAACAGCCGGAGAGGAAAAUCAACAUGCCCUUUCAAAAACCAAACUCGCGCAACUUCAAGCCUUUGCUAGACGAGGUGCCAGAAGCAAAGCGGAAAUUCUAUCAGCACAGCACGGUCACAAACAGUGAUUCCAUCAUUGACUCAGCAGGCGAGAACAACCAAGUCUCACCCUCUCCCGAGAUUGUUUCAUCCAUAGAAAGGGAUAGCGACGAAAACGAAGGGUUCGUUGUUAUCGAUAAAGAACUCGCCACCGGCGAGGGAAACUUGGAGAAGAACGAGACCAUUCGUGAAGAAUCAAAGCCUCCACCGUUGCCUUCGAGGAUCCAACAACUAUCGCAGUUGAAUCUGUCCGACGAGGAAACCGAGAGUGAGAUUAACUUGGGUAGUCUAUUCGAAUCCACCACUAAUCUUCCCUUGAGGCCAGAUUCCACAUAUUCAGACUCAACCAAGCCUUCCAAUUUAAAUUCUCCUGUGGAAAGCAACUUUGACGAAGAAGAAGAAGAAGACGACGACGACGAAGGAGUAAGAGUGGUAGACAGGUUAAGAGAAAGGGUAAAGGAAAAGGUAAAAGAAAGAGAAAAAAUAUAUGGAAAACAGGUUCCAUGGAAUAAUCGAGGCACACUUGUUUCGAAAAAAACCGUUUUGAUAUGUAACUGGGAUUCAGGUGUCUUUUCAAAAUGUUUCGACAACUCGCUUGUCACUUGGAAAUCCAACUCGAUGCCACAAUUGACCAAUACAGAGCUAGAGCAAAAUCGGGUAAAGUUGGAGCGCCAGAAAAAGAAGAAAAUCACCUUGGCCGAGUGCUUGAAUAGCUUCAGCACGCCCGAGCUACUCGGCGAGCACGACUUGUGGUACUGUCCUCGAUGCAAAGACCACAAGCGUGCCACGAAAACCAUUCAGUUGUGGUCAUGCGGUGAUAUUCUCACUAUCCACUUGAAGAGGUUCCACAGUGCCAGGGCGUUUAGCGACAAGAUUGACGUUGUAGUCGAUUUCCCCAUCGAAGGGUUAAACGUCAGCUCCUAUGUCGCCAACCCGGCUUGCGACGACAGCGAUUGCAUCUAUGAUCUCAUUGCCGUGGAUAACCACUAUGGUGGACUCGGGGGCGGCCACUACACGGCCUCGGUGAAAAACUUUUGCGACGGCAAGUGGUAUUACUAUAACGACAGCCGCGUCACGGAGAUUUCCAAUCCCGAGGAAGUUGUAUCCAGUGCCGCGUACUUGCUAUUCUACCGCAAGAGACCUUUACACAAUAAGCUCGGCAGCGGCGCCGCCACCAAGUUAGAGAAAAUCUUGAGCAACGGAGUGCUAGAAUUUGAAGCUAAGGAGGCCAAAAAGAAAGUUGCUUUUGAAAACGUUGAGGAUCAAGUUGGGAAAUACGAAUUGGCCUCGAGAUUUGCUGCUGCUGAUGACGAUUACGAAGAGUCUUAUGAUAAUGAAGUUGGAGACGAGAAGGAGUCCAAUUCGGGGAUCGAUGCCGAUUCCACGAGUAAUGAUAGCGAGGACGACGUGACCAUGAAAGCGAGAAAACAACGACUCAACAGCAUGAAGGAAGAUGGUGGCUGCGGCAGCGGCGCUACGCAAUUGAAGAAGCAAAAGACAAACUCUAGCCCUUCACAUGAUAAUGAUGGAAGCGAGUCAGAGCACCUCAAGAUGUCAUCUUCACCUGACGAACAGAACAAUGCUGCUCCCCAUUGA